AUGGCUAUAAUGGCGGUUGAGGGGGGCCCGGAUCUUGCCGAUAGCAAGCGAGUCGUUGCAAGGCUUCUUCUGAAGGAUGCCACCUUUAUGUAUCCAAUCUCAAUCAGCACCAUCAGCAAGACCGAGGUGCAUUUGUGUAUGCGCCAAUUACGCAGUGUACUCGAGAAGGGAAUGACGUCUUAUGAAUUCCGGAUCUACAUAGGAACGGGCGAUCAACAACAAGAUAACUGCCGGGGGGUUAUAUCUGUACAAUAUCAGAACUCAUCCCCAAAUUGGAGUGCGGCUGAGAAGCUUUCUUUGAAAGAAAACCAUUACUACCAGAAUAGGUGGUCUGAAGCUGUGAGGGGGUGCUCGGAACAUGUGCUUACAGAUAAAAUGUAUCAGGCCUUUGAAGAUGAUGGAGUGAACUAUGGUUCGUCGCUCCAGUUACUAGACAUCUAG